AUGGACUCGGCAAGGGAGGCGCUGCUUGCCGAGACGAAGCGGCUUCUCGCAGCGCUCAACGACGAGAACAGAGAACUGAAGGCGGAAAACACGCGGCUUCUCGCCCGGUGCAAAACGGCGGCCGAGAGGCUCACAUCCGUCAGUGUGGAGAAGGAGGGGCUGGAGAAGGACCUGAAGCACAUAAACUUCAACCUCAUGCAUCAGCUGCGGGUGAAGGUGGGUGCCGUGAAGGAACAUGAGCGGCGUGCGGCGCAGCUGCAGGCAACCGUGACGGGUUUAGAGAAGCAGCUGCAGGAAUCCCGGCUGGCGCAGGAGUCUGCCGUGAAGGAGAGCAAGAUGCAGCGUGAGCAGAUUGCCGUGUUAGAGAGCAGACUCCAGCAACUGACGGAGCGGCUCUUUCGCACGGAGGCGGAGGCCGGCAAAUACGCCGAUGAUCUCAACGCUGCGAUCUCGGGCCAUCGAGAGGCGGUCGCGAAGAUCCAACACGACGGCGCAGAGCGGCUGAAGCAGGUUGAGGAGGCGCUGCGAGUGAGUCGGGGCAAUGAGGCCGGUCUGGAGCGUGUCGUGGAGGAGCUGCGGUAUGAACUCGGCCGCGCGAAGGAGGUGCUGCGGCAGAGUCACUGCAGUAGCAGCGAGGGUCAGCGACGCACCCUCUCAGCCCGAUCAGAGGCCCUGUACGCGCAUGAGCAGGUUCUCACAGCGUGCAACGCGUCCUGUCAACAAUUGCGGGAGCUACAGCAAAAACUUCGAGGCCUGGAGAGCCUCGCCACGAACGCGAGUCACCACGUGGAGCCAACUUUAGAAAGAGGGGAAGCAAGGCUGCGGGAGCAGAUGGAACAUUUUAUCGGCACGGAUGAGGCACUUGUGGCGUUUCUCUGCCAACGUAUUAUGGAUCAGGAGGAGGCGUUGCGCACUGCGCGGGAGGAGCUUGCACGUGCCCACCACCGUCUCAGGGAAAGUGAGGGGGAACUUCACAAAGUACGCGCUGAGAAGCAAAGUUACGAGGCGGAGCUGAAGUCACUUACGGCUUUACAGCAGGAGAUGCAAACAAUACGAGCGGAACGACAAGCACAUGGUCGCAUAGAAGAAGAGCUGCGUGCGGAGGUUGGGCGAUGGCGGCAUGAGGCAGAGCGUAGUGCGAGUCAAGUGACGGAGUUUAGACGUCUGUUACAGGAACAACGGGAACAAAGUGAGGCUGCAGAUCGCAUUCACAAGCGGGAGGAGGACGAUGUGGAUGAGCAGCUGCGGGGGUUCUCAGCUGCCGUAUCGCAGGCAUUGCGCAAGUUUGACUCUACGACGCGUCACCGCCGUCGUCUCUCGUCCUCUGCGGGAGGUGUGACGUUGUCACAUGCGCCGUCCACGCAGUUGACGGAAUAUGCCCCUGACGGCAACAUGUCGUCGCCGUCGGUGGUGCGUGUGGAGCCUUCAUCCGGCGCACCGAGCCACACAUAG